ACAAUUACUAAUUGCAGAAGUGAUAGUACAGUAAAAAUUAAAACUAAAUCAAAGAACAAUUUGAUGCAUACGUGUGCUUACCCAGUCCAGGUGGCCCACAGUCCCCUUUGCAGGUGUUGUAAUCCAGGAUGCGCUGAGGAUUUUGAUUUUCCAGAUGUUCAUCACAACUCGCAGUAGAUCGGUACUCUAGACAAUUUCCCAACAAUCCUUUUGAGAAUGUCAGCAAAUGAUGCUGAAGCAAUGACGGUCAACCUUCUGCCCGGAGACUCGGCGCAAGUGCGGCAAAUGGUCAGGUGGUCACCGCAAUCAGGACUUGAAGUCGCCGCGUUGAGGAGUUUCGCCUUCGCCUGCGAGCCGUACUUCAACUUCCUGGAAUCUACAGCCAGAACCAUGCAGCUGCCCCCUGACAUGUUUGUACAGCUGAUGGAGUUUUCUCAGCAAAUGUGUGACACAUUGGAACAUCUGGUACUGACCUUUGCCAGCAACAAUCUCCUCACUUUGGAUGAAUCCGAGCCUGACAACAUGUCUCACUUCUGCAUCGGCCGCAUAGAGCUAGAGCAGCUGCAGCUGAGUGUCACCGCAUUCCGCUACUGCAAGCCCACGCCCUACCUGGCCAGAAUCAACACCGGCGCGUUUAAGCGCAUGCGCUGGAACGUGAAGCACUUUAACGGUGCAAAAGACGGAGACGGCAACCCUGAGACAGAGUACUACUUCCUGUGCUACGAGGAUAUUCCCAACUUGCACACAGACGAUGACAACCCAGAUUCCAAAACUGUGCGGAUGUGGUCCAUUGGUCAGUGGGUGCAGUUGAAACCUGACCCCAAAACGGAGACCAUUUUUGACUGGCUGGAGUGUGAAGUUCCCGAGGGCGCCUUCGACAAGCUGCUGUUUAUGGGCAGCCAAGAGCCAUCAAGCUGCACAGCCACCGAACACCUGCUGCAGCUGCUGCUGUCAUCAGUCAUCUCCGUUGGGAACACAUCCGGUGUUCUCAGGAUGGUAUAGCGCUGUUGUCAAUACGCAACGUUUUAAAUCAGGGACUCUUAUUCAUCACAAGUGGGAUUCGGCGACGUGUUCAACAUUGGAAGUCAUUAGUCCCCUUUCGUUCCUGUUUGUCAUCAAGUUUUCUGACUAAUAUAGUGGAAGGAUAUUUAAGGUGGGAAAUGUAGUUUCUGAACUGAAAUUCUGCAUAAUCAAGAUUGAAAUGUUGAAUGCGAGAUUUGGAACGGUUUGAAUGAAUGUGGAAGGAGGA